AUGGCCAGUGUGUCUCUGCCCACCCUGGUGCCGCUGGGCCCGGACAGCCUGCGCCCCUUCACGCGGGAGUCCCUGGCAGCCAUAGAGCAGCGGGCGGUGGAGGAGGAGGCCCGGCUGCUGCGGAACAAGCAGAUGCAGAUCGAGGAGCCCGAGCGUCAGCCGCGCAGCGACCUGGAGGCUGGCAAGGGCCUGCCCCUCAUCUACGGGGACCCCCCGCCCGAGGUCAUCGGCAUCCCCCUGGAGGACCUGGACCCCUACUACAGUGACAAGAAGACCUUCAUCGUGCUCAACAAAGGCAAGGCCAUCUUCCGCUUCUCGGCCACGCCCGCCCUCUACCUGCUGAGCCCCUUCAACAUCAUCCGGCGCGUGGCCAUCAAGGUGCUCAUCCAUGCGCUGUUCAGCAUGUUCAUCAUGAUCACCAUCUUGACCAACUGUGUGUUCAUGACCAUGAGUGACCCACCGCCCUGGUCCAAGGACGUCGAGUACACCUUCACCGGGAUCUACACCUUUGAGUCUCUCAUCAAGAUGCUGGCCCGGGGCUUCUGCAUCGACAACUUCACAUUCCUCAGAGACCCCUGGAACUGGCUGGACUUCAGCGUCAUCCUGAUGGCCUACCUCACGGAGUUCGUGGACUUGGGCAACAUCUCCGCGCUGAGGACCUUCCGGGUGCUCCGGGCCCUGAAAACCAUCACGGUCAUCCCAGGCCUGAAGACCAUCGUGGGGGCCCUGAUCCAGUCGGUGAAGAAGCUGUCAGACGUCAUGAUCCUCACCGUCUUCUGCCUGAGUGUCUUCGCCCUGGUGGGGCUACAGCUCUUCAUGGGGAACCUGCGGCACAAGUGCGUGCGCUGGCCUCCGCCCUUCAACAACACCAACACCACGUGGUCCAGCAGCGACACCUGGAACAGCAGCGACACCUGGUACGGCAACGACACCUGGAGCAGCCAUGAGAGUUGGGUCAGCAACUUCACCUUUGACUGGGAUGCGUACAUCAGCGAUGAAGAGAACUUCUAUUUCCUGGAAGGCUCCAACGAUGCCCUGCUUUGUGGGAACAGCAGUGACGCUGGGCGCUGCCCUGAGGGUUACGAAUGCAUCAAGACUGGACGGAACCCCAACUACGGCUACACCAGCUACGACACCUUCAGCUGGGCCUUCCUGUCUCUCUUCCGCCUCAUGACCCAGGAUUACUGGGAGAACCUUUUCCAGCUGACUCUGAGAGCCGCCGGCAAGACCUACAUGAUUUUCUUCGUGGUCAUCAUCUUCCUGGGCUCCUUCUACCUCAUCAACCUGAUCCUGGCGGUGGUGGCCAUGGCGUAUGCGGAGCAGAAUGAGGCCACGCUGGCCGAGAACCAGGAGAAGGAGGAGGAGUUUCAGCAGAUGAUGGAGAAAUUCAAAAAGCACCAGGAGGAAGUGGAGAAGGCCAAAGCUGCCCAGGCUGCCCAGGCCCUGGAAAAUGGGGAGGCCGAUGGGGACCCAGACCCCCGCAAGGACUGCAAUGGCAGCCUGGACACCGCGCCGGGGGAGAAGGGGCCCCCGAGGCAGAGCUGCAGCGCAGAGAGCGCCAUCUCAGACGCCAUGGAAGAGCUGGAAGAAGCCCACCAGAAGUGCCCGCCCUGGUGGUACAAGUGCGCGCACACAGUGCUCAUAUGGAACUGCUGUGUCCCGUGGGUGAAGUUCAAGAACGUCAUGCACCUGGUCGUCAUGGACCCCUUCGUGGACCUGGGCAUCACCAUCUGCAUCGUGCUCAACACGCUCUUCAUGGCCAUGGAGCACUACCCCAUGACGGAGCACUUCGACAACGUGCUGACCGUGGGCAACCAGGUCUUCACGGGCAUCUUCACGGCCGAGAUGGUGCUGAAGCUGAUCGCCCUGGACCCCUACGAGUAUUUCCAGCAGGGUUGGAACGUCUUCGACAGCAUCAUCGUGACCCUCAGCCUGGUGGAGCUGGGCCUGGCCAACGUGCAGGGUCUGUCUGUGCUGCGUUCCUUCCGGCUGCUCCGGGUCUUCAAGCUGGCCAAGUCGUGGCCCACGCUGAACAUGCUCAUCAAGAUCAUCGGCAACUCGGUGGGGGCGCUGGGCAACCUGACGCUGGUGCUGGCCAUCAUCGUGUUCAUCUUCGCCGUGGUGGGCAUGCAGCUGUUCGGCAAGAGCUACAAGGAGUGCGUGUGCAAGAUCGCCUCCGACUGCAGCCUGCCCCGCUGGCACAUGCACGACUUCUUCCACUCCUUCCUCAUCGUCUUCCGCAUCCUGUGUGGCGAGUGGAUCGAGACCAUGUGGGACUGCAUGGAGGUGGCCGGCCAGGCCAUGUGCCUCACCGUCUUCCUCAUGGUCAUGGUCAUCGGCAACCUUGUGGUCCUGAACCUCUUCCUGGCCCUGCUGCUGAGCUCCUUCAGCGCGGACAGCCUGGCGGCCUCCGACGAUGAUAGCGAGAUGAACAACCUGCAGAUCGCCAUCGGCCGCAUCAAGCUGGGCAUCGCCUUCGCCAAGACCUUCCUGCUGGGGCUGCUGCGGGGCAAGAUCCUGCACCCCCGGGAGAUCAUACGCAGCCUCAGGGAGCCCUGCGAGGCGCCCGAGGCCGGGGAGGCUGUGCCCAAGGACGAGGACGAGAAGAAGGAGCCGCCGCCCGAGGACGAGAAGAAGGAGCCGCCGCCUGAGGAGGGUGACAAGGAUCUGAAGAAGGACAAUCAUAUCCUGAAUCACGUGGGCCUAGCAGAUGGCUCGCCCGCCGGCAUCGAGCUGGCCCACCUGGACUUCAUCAACAACCCCUACCUGACCAUCCAGGUGCCCAUCGCCUCUGAGGAGUCGGACCUGGAGAUGCCCACAGAAGAGGAGACGGACACUUUCUCGGAGCCUGAGGAGGUCAAGAAGCCCCCGCGGCCCCUCUACGAUGGGAACUCCUCCGUGUGCAGCACCGCCGACUACAAGCCCCCCGAGGAGGACCCCGAGGAACAGGCCGAGGAGAACCCCGAGGGGGAGCAGCCGGAGGAGUGCUUCACGGAGGCCUGUGUCCAGCGCUUCCCAUGCCUCUACGUGGACGUGUCCCAGGGCCGCGGGAAGCAGUGGUGGACGCUCCGCCGGGCCUGCUUCAAGAUCGUGGAGCACAACUGGUUCGAGACCUUCAUUGUCUUCAUGAUCCUGCUUAGCAGCGGGGCCCUGGCCUUUGAAGACAUCUACAUCGAGCAGCGACCGGUCAUCCGCACCAUCCUGGAGUACGCAGACAAGGUUUUCACCUACGUCUUCAUCAUUGAGAUGCUGCUCAAGUGGGUGGCCUACGGCUUCAAGGUGUACUUCACCAACGCCUGGUGCUGGCUCGAUUUCCUCAUCGUGGACGUGUCCAUCAUCAGCCUGGUGGCCAACUGGAUGGGCUACUCGGAACUAGGACCCAUCAAAUCCCUGCGGACACUGCGGGCCCUGCGCCCCCUGCGGGCACUGUCCCGAUUCGAGGGCAUGAGGGUGGUGGUGAACGCUCUCCUGGGGGCCAUCCCGUCCAUCAUGAACGUCCUCCUGGUCUGCCUCAUCUUCUGGCUCAUCUUCAGCAUCAUGGGGGUCAACCUGUUUGCCGGCAAGUUCUACUACUGCAUCAACACCACCACCUCGGUGCGCUUCGAGAUCUCCGAGGUCAACAACAAGUCCGAGUGCGAGAGCCUGAUGCACACGGGCCAGGUCCGCUGGCUCAACGUCAAGGUCAACUACGACAACGUGGGCCUCGGCUACCUCUCCCUCCUGCAGGUGGCCACCUUCAAAGGCUGGAUGGACAUUAUGUACGCAGCUGUGGACUCCCGAGAGGUAGAGGAGCAGCCGACAUACGAGGUGAACCUCUACAUGUACCUCUACUUCGUUAUCUUCAUCAUCUUCGGGUCCUUCUUCACCCUCAACCUCUUCAUCGGCGUCAUCAUAGACAACUUCAACCAGCAGAAGAAGAAGUUUGGAGGGAAGGACAUCUUCAUGACGGAGGAGCAGAAGAAGUACUACAACGCCAUGAAAAAACUGGGCUCCAAGAAGCCUCAGAAGCCGAUUCCCCGGCCCCAGAACAAGAUCCAGGGCCUGGUGUACGACCUCGUGAUGAAGCAGGUGUUCGACAUCACCAUCAUGAUCCUCAUCUGCCUCAACAUGGUCACCAUGAUGGUGGAGACGGAUGACCAGAGCAAGUUCAAGGUGGACGUCCUGUACUACAUCAACAUGGCCUUCAUCGUCGUCUUCACGGGGGAGUGUGUGCUCAAGAUGGUUGCCCUGCGCCAGUACUACUUCACCGUCGGCUGGAAUAUUUUCGACUUUGUGGUUGUCAUCCUGUCCAUCGCCGGCCUGGCGCUCUCCGACCUGAUCCAGAAGUACUUCGUGUCACCCACGCUGUUCCGCGUGAUCCGUUUGGCCCGCAUCGGGCGCGUCCUGCGGCUGAUCCGCGGCGCCAAGGGGAUCCGGACGCUGCUCUUCGCCCUGAUGAUGUCCCUGCCGGCCCUCUUCAACAUCGGCCUGCUCCUCUUCCUCGUCAUGUUCAUCUACUCCAUCUUCGGCAUGUCCAACUUCGCCUACGUCAAGAAGGAGUCCGGCAUCGACGACAUGUUCAACUUCGAGACCUUCGGCAACAGCAUCAUCUGCCUCUUCGAGAUCACCACGUCGGCCGGCUGGGACGGGCUGCUCAACCCCAUCCUCAACAGCGGGCCCCCGGACUGCGACCCCACCCUCGAGAACCCGGGCUCCAGCGUCAGGGGGGACUGCGGCAACCCCUCCAUCGGCAUCUGCUUCUUCUGCAGCUACAUCAUCAUCUCCUUCCUCAUCGUGGUCAACAUGUACAUCGCCAUCAUCCUGGAGAACUUCAACGUGGCCACGGAGGAGAGCACCGAGCCCCUGAGCGAGGACGACUUCGACAUGUUCUACGAGACCUGGGAGAAGUUCGACCCGGACGCCACCCAGUUCAUCGCCUACAGCCGCCUCUCGGAAUUCGUGGACACCCUGCAGGAGCCCCUGAGAAUCGCCAAGCCCAACAAAAUCAAGCUCAUCACACUGGACCUGCCCAUGGUGCCCGGCGACAAGAUCCACUGCCUGGACAUCCUCUUUGCCCUGACGAAGGAGGUGCUGGGAGACUCGGGCGAGAUGGACACCCUCAAGCAGACCAUGGAGGAGAAGUUCAUGGCGGCCAACCCCUCCAAGGUAUCCUAUGAGCCCAUCACCACCACCCUCAAGAGGAAGCAGGAGGAGGUAUGUGCCAUCAAGAUCCAGAGGGCGUACCGGCGGCAUCUGCUCCAGCGCUCUGUGAAGCAGGCCUCCUACAUGUACCGCCACAGCCAGGACAGCAGUGGGGACGGGGCCCCGGAGAAGGAGGGGCUGAUUGCCACCGCCAUGAACCAGAUGUAUGGCCACCCGGACGGGGACAGCAGACUGCCCAGCAAGAGUGAGGAGACACUCUCCACAGAGGACGCCAGGCCUGCUGUGGGGCUCAUGGCCCUCGGCCCCUCAGAUACUGUCCCUCCUCCCUCCCCGCCACCGGGACAGACAGUGCGCCCAGGGGUCAAGGAGUCUCUGGUCUAG